UCCGAAAGAUGACAUGUCGGUCCGCCUAUUCGUCAUUCGUCACUAUUUAAAUAGACUACCUGCUUUAACUUAAGGUCUUUGAAUCCAAACAGUUAAACCCCUAACCAGAAGCAUAUCACUGACAGUUUCCAACUUCUAAGUAACUAACUCAAUGGCAUCUUCUCCUACUGAAACCCUAAGCCUCGACCCUCCAAUCAACGGUCAUGAUUCAACCAAUCCAAAUCAACCGGACCACAAUGCUGAUGACGAAAUCCAACCGUCCGUUCCGCUGUCAACGGACGGUGACCACCCCAACCCAGCCGAGAAACGUAAAAGAGAGGAGGACCCACUACAAAAUUCAGAGCCGGACCCUUCACUUAACCCGUUAUGGAAAACCAGUCUCUGCUCCUACUUCAGGACCCACUCGGGCCAUUGCCGCCAUGGAAGCGCUUGUAGGUAUGCUCACGGCGAGGAGGAGCUCAGGCCCCGACCCGACAACACUUGGGACCCCACUUCGCAGCGUGCCAAGAGGGCAAAGCAAUCGGAGAAUGGCGAGAAAUGCGAAGUGAAGGAAAAGGUGGAGGAUGUUAUGAUGACGGAGGUGGUUGUCGACGGUGACGGUGACGGCGGUGACGGUGAGGAUAGUGAGCUUAGUAAAUGUUUGGUUCAUUUACCAAGGAAAUGGAGUUCUGAUAAUUUGAAGAAGUUUCUUGCUGAGCAUGAAAUUCUCUUUAAAUCUGCAAAGAAGAAAAAGGGCAUGACUGUGGGUUUUGUGAAUUUUGGAAGUACAGAACAAUUGAGCAGUUCAAUGGAGAAGCUGGAAGGAAUAUCUGUUGGCAACAAGAAUCUAAAGGUUGCGAAUGUCAUUCCUCGAUCAUUUGAGAAGAAGGUCAAAUCGGCAAUGGCUCACCCACAAAACACCCAGCAAACUGAUGAGCCUGUGUUGGUUGGAGAGAUUGAUGGGGUCUCUCCAUCUUCAAAUAGGAUAGAAGAUGGUAAUACCAACACUGACAGUUCAGCUGUAGAUGGUUCAGUCUCAAGGGCUAGAAGUGCUCGAGAUGUUGUGACACCCUUGGCACACAUGCCCUACAGUGAUCAGUUGGAACACAAAAGGAACUCGAUUGCACAGAUGCUGAAAAAACUUACUAGAAAUGCUCGUAAAGCAUGUCCAAAUGGUGUUUCACUUCCACAAUGGAUAAUCAAAUCUAGGGAGAUAGGCGGUCUUCCUUGCCAACUAGAGGGUAUACUUGAGUCACCACUUGUGAAUGGAUACCGUAACAAAUGUGAGUUUUCAGUUGGAUAUUCUCUCCAAGGCAAGCCAACCGUGGGAUUCAUGCUUGGAAACUUUAGGGAAGGUGUGACAGCAGUUGAAGAACCUGUGGACUGUCCAAAUGUUUCUACAAUUGCUUGCAAAUAUGCUUCAGUCUUCCAGGAAUUUCUGCAGCAUUCAGACUUACCAAUUUGGAACAGAUUUAAAAAUAUUGGAUUCUGGCGCCAGUUAACAGUUCGAGAAGGAAGAACUCCACGAAAGCCAACUGAUGCUGAAAAUUUAGAUGCCAACACUUCAGAGGUCAUGCUAAUAGUUCAGGUUUGCUCAACGGGUGUUGAUGAUUCAGUAGUAAACCGUGAAUUUGAGAAGCUAGCUCAAGCAUUUGCAGCAGGAGCCACUGCAACCUCACCAUCUUUACCGUUGACAGCAUUGGUUGUGCAGGAUCAUCAAGGGAUAUCAAAUGUAGCUCCAGCUGAUGCUUCAUUGCGCCAACUAACAAUUCCAAAAUCAGAAAGCGGCACCGAGCUGGAGGGAACUAACGAUGUUGUGGAGGCAAGAAUCCACGAUUGUAUUAGCAAUCUCCGGUUUUGUAUAUCCCCAACAGCUUUUUUCCAGGUUAAUACCUUAGCUGCAGAGAAACUGUAUUCGCUUGCUGGGGAUUGGGCUGAUUUGGGUCCUGAUACCUUGUUAUUUGAUGUAUGCUGUGGUACUGGAACAAUUGGGCUCACGUUAGCACAUCGUGUUGGUAUGGUUAUCGGCAUUGAAAUGAAUGCUUCUGCAGUGUCAGAUGCUCAUCGGAACGCUGAAAUUAAUGGCAUAAAAAACUGUAAAUUUGUCUGUGCAAAGGCUGAGGAUGUGAUGGGAUCUUUAUUAAGAGAGUAUCUAAAUGUGCCUCAGAAACAAGAUGAGCAUGCAUUUGAGAGCAAUGACAAAGAAACUGCUACAACUGAAGAGAAUGAUUCCUCCGUAGAUAACGUUCUACACAGUGAAGGGAGCUCAGGCCAUGAGCCUGAAAAUGGUGUUAGCCCUUCUGAGUGUUCAGAAAGUGGUGGAAAAGAACCUCAAAACCAAGUCCAGAAGAGUUGUACUUCAGAAGAUGAAAAUUCCUUUGUGCAGCAGUUUAAAAAUGUUGUUGCUAUUGUUGAUCCUCCACGUGGUGGACUUCAUCCAACUGUGAUUAAAGCUUUGAGGACACAUCCACAUCUGCGGAGGCUUGUUUACAUAUCCUGCAAUCCUGAAACCUUAGUGGCAAAUGCUAUUGAAUUGUGCACACCAUCUCCAGAAAAGGUUGAGAAAGGAAAUAAAGACAACAGGGGAUGGAGGAACAUGAGCAGUGCAGGAUUGGCACGGCAUCGAGCCAAAUCUAUGCCCGUAUCAGAGCCUUUCCAACCUGUAAAAGCCAUGGCUGUCGAUCUUUUCCCACAUACUUCUCACUGCGAGAUGGUGAUGCUCUUGGAGAGGUAGAUUGAUCAUGACAGAAGAUUCUACA